AUGUCCCGAACCAUGAUCCGGUGGGCCUUGUGCGUGCUCACUCUCGUGGGGGUCUGUGGGGCCCAAGUGCUCAACCCCCCGCUCUUCAAUCUCGCAGAAGGGCGGAAAAUAUCCGCGUCCGCUACUUGCGGCGAAGGCGUGGUCGAACCCGAAUUGUAUUGCAAGCUUGUGGGGGCCAACACCGACCGCCAGGACAAUCCGAAUAUUAAUCUAAUCCAGGGGCAGGUUUGUGAUUUCUGUGACCCGAACGACCCGAAGAGGGCGCACCCGCCAGAAAAUGCGAUCGACGGGACGGAGAGGUGGUGGCAGAGCCCCCCACUUUCGAGAGGAAACAAAUUCAAUGAAGUCAACCUCACCAUCGAUUUGGGACAGGAGUUCCAUGUGGCUUACGUAUUCAUCAAGAUGGGGAAUUCCCCCCGCCCUGGAGUGUGGGUUCUGGAGAGGUCAACCGACGCUGGAGAAACGUACGAUCCAUGGCAAUAUUUUGCAGACACACCAGCAGACUGUGCGCAAAUUUUCGGUCCAGAGUCUCUACAGCCAUUAAACAAAGACGAUUCUGUCAUUUGUGAAACGAAAUUCUCCAAAGUUGUGCCUCUGGAGGGAGGAGAGAUAGUUGUUUCGUUGCUGAAUGACCGGCCUAAUGCGGAGAAUUUCUCGUACUCUUCUGUUCUGCAAGAGUGGACAAAAGCCACAAAUAUUCGUCUCCGAUUUCUGAGGACAAAAACGUUGCUUGGACAUCUGAUGUCCGUCCAGCGACAAGAUCCAACUGUUACAAGACGAUACUUUUACAGCCUCAAAGAUAUCAAUAUUGGUGGACGCUGCGUGUGCAAUGGCCAUGCUGAAACAUGCGACCUAACAGACCUUAGAGAUCCGUACAAGCUACUAUGCAGGUGCCAGCACAACACCUGCGGCCCGCAGUGCGAGCAGUGCUGUCCCGGAUUCCUGCAAAAGAAGUGGAGGAGAGCAAUCAUCAACAAUCCUUUCGUUUGCGAACCUUGCAACUGCUAUGGUCAUUCUGACGAGUGCUAUUACGACGAGGAAACUGACCGCAACAAGCUGAGUUUGGACAUCCAUGGGCACUACGAAGGGGGAGGCAUUUGCAAGAACUGUCGGCAUAACACGGAGGGCAUCAACUGCAACAGAUGCAAACCAACCUUUUACAGACCUUACGGAAAAUUGCUCAACGCUACUGAUGUCUGCCAACCUUGCAACUGUGAUCUCGCGGUGUCUACCGGCAACUGUGCGGACGGCAGUGGUCUUUGUGAAUGUCGCCCGGAAUUCUUGCCACCCUACUGCAACGACUGCAACCUCGGUUACUAUGGAUACCCCGAAUGCAAACUCUGCGAUUGCCACCCCAACGGCACCUAUGGAGAUGUGUGCGAAGUAUCUGGUGGACAAUGCCCCUGCAAAGCUAGCUACGGUGGUAUCAACUGUGACAGAUGCGAGGAAGGGUAUUACGGGUUUCCAGAUUGCUUACCAUGUAACUGCAAUCCAUCAACUUCCGUCAGGAGCACCUGUGACCCGGUAGAUGGCCAAUGUCCGUGCCAAGGCAAUUACUUUGGUCGCCAAUGCGAUCGAUGUCGUGUUGGUUACUACAAUUAUCCAACAUGCGAAUACUGCAACUGUGAUCCUACUGGUUGCGUGGAGGAGAUCUGCGACAGCAACACGGGAGCGUGCAUAUGCAAAGAGGGAUAUGGAGGACCUACUUGUGACCGAUGUGCACCCGGUUACUAUGGUUACCCGGUUUGCGAAGAAUGUAAAUGCAAUGAGCAAGGCUCUGUCAGCAGUGUUUGCGACAUAAGUGGCAGGUGUCAGUGCUUGUCAAAUUAUGCUGGACUUAAAUGUGAUCAGUGCUCACCAGGAUAUUACAGUUUCCCAGAUUGCUUUCCUUGUGAUUGUGAGCCAACUGGAUCCAUUGGAGUGUCCUGUGGGAAUGACAAACAGUGUGUAUGCAGAAAUAACUUCGAUGGUGAGAGAUGUGAUGUCUGUAAAGAAGGUUUCUACAACUACCCGUAUUGCGAGGAGUGCAACUGUGAUCCAGCCGGUGUCUUACCAACUUUUCUCGGUUGUGGCAGCUUGACGAGUGGUCUGUUGUGUGAGUGCAAGGAACGGGUGACUGGCAGAAUAUGUAACGAAUGUAAACCACUGUAUUGGAACUUAAAAGCCAGCAAUCCACUUGGAUGUGAAGAUUGCAAUUGCUUUUUGGGAGGAACCGUUGGUGGUAUCGCUGUUUGCGGCAAGACCAAUGGACAGUGCUUGUGUAAACCCAACGUCGGAUCUCGCCAAUGCUCGCAGUGCAAAGAUGGCACUUUUGGACUUGACAGCGACGAUUUAUUUGGAUGCAAAGAUUGCGGAUGCGACAUAGGUGGAUCUGUAAACAAUGUUUGUGACAAAGACAGUGGACAAUGUGCCUGUCGGCCAAGGAUAAGUGGAAGAAGGUGCGAUUCUCCUCUUCAGACUCACUUUUUCCCUACCAUGUUCCAGCAUCAAUUUGAAAUCGAAGACGGUCGUACUUCUGUCGGGACGCAAGUCCGCUACGGUUACGAGGAAAACGUUUUCCCUGGAUUUUCUUGGCGAGGCUAUGCUGUAUUUUCUGAUGUCCUUCAAAAAGAAGUACUUUUGGACAUAUUUGUGGAGAAACCAAGUCUGUAUGAAGUAUAUUUUCACUAUCUGAAUUUUGGUGGCGAAAAUGUUUAUGGAACAAUAACAUUCUCCCCGGAAACGUUUGGAGACAUCCAGCAGAGCACAGACAUGGUGUUCGAAGCCACCCAGAAGCCCAGGUUGAUGAAAGUGUCCGGGAAGCAGGGAGCCGUCGCGUCUCCGUUCGUCCUGAAUCCGGGCAGGUGGACCGUCUCCAUCAGAAUCGAAAAACCUCUCUUUCUGGAUUAUAUGGUUCUAUUGCCUCAAUCGUACUAUGAAGCAACCCUUCUACAAGAAGAUGUUUCAAACCUCUGUCACCUCAAUGACGAUGGCAGCUUCUGUCGUUCCUUUGCUCACCCCCCGUUACCUGCAGAUGCUUCUGUAGUUCGAGGAGAGGCCGGGUAUGUCCCCGAUGGAGAUGAUCGACGAUAUACAAAUGUUUACGACAACGAAGAUGUUUUACGAAGACUCAAGACUCAGAGAAUGGCCUGGUUAGACAAAGAACAAGAAAAGCUUCACUUGGACUUCAGGCUAUCUCGCCCAGAACCUCACGUAAUGAUCAUCACUUACCACACCCCGGAGAACGGACAAGGUGCGACUGCGACAGUCGAACUAUCUUCGACCGAAAAAAUGGAAAAGGGGAUGGUCACCUUUUACGAUUGCUCUUAUUCGUUUUUGUGCCGCCAAGUUGUGGUUGAUCAGUAUGGAGAAGUUGCCAAAUUCAACCUGGACUCUAACUACGUCACGGCGGUCAUCACUCUCACUGAAGAAGCGAAUCUGGCAGUUGAUAAUGUGGCACUGGUACCUGCCGAUUUGUGGCAAAUGGAUUACAUUGUGCCUCAGUCCCUUUGCGUACAACAAGAUGAAAGUUGCAUUGAGACCGAAUACCCAAUUGUCCCUGAAUCCACGAAGGUGGAAUUCGAAUCAAGUCCCAAUGAAAACAGGAAAACCACUGAUUUACCUGAAGGUGUUUUUGACGAAGACAUCGGCUUGGUAAACCUAGCUGAACAUGACAACCUUGUAGAUCUAGAGGGAUCUGUACCAGCACCUGGUGUUUAUAUCAUCGCUGUUCAUUAUUAUCAACCAAAUCAUCCGAAGUUUGAUGCUAAAGUGAUGGUACAAAAUGGAGAAUACCACGAUGAGAUUCUAACGUUCGAUUUCUGCCCGAGCGUUUCUGGCUGUAGAACAGUUGUCCAUUCAAAAUCUACAAGUGAUCCGACUCCUGUCCAACUUUUCCAAAACUUUUAUCUUACAAUUCAGCAGCCAGAAAAUAAAACUGUGUGGGUCGAUUAUGUGUUAGUUAUUCCUGCUCAACAAUUCCGUGAAAAUGUGUUAACUCCAUUAAGACAAGACAAAGCCGGAAAGUUCAUCACUGAAUGUGGGCAAAACAGUUUUCAAUUACCAUCAGAUGUUUCAGGUUUUUGUAGAGAAGCGGCAUUUUCCCUGACGUCGGAGUACAACAACGGAGCGCUGCCUUGCAGAUGCGACACAGAUGGUUCACUGAGUUACGAAUGCGAAGAGUUUGGAGGCCAGUGCCAGUGCAAACCGAAUGUCAUCGGCCGCACAUGCUCCCAAUGCCGCACCGGGUACUUCGGAUUUCCGAACUGCAAGCCUUGCGAUUGCCCAUCGACGGCCUAUUGCCAGCCAGUUACUGGACAGUGCAUUUGCCCUCCAAGAGUCACAGGGGACAGAUGCGAUGUUUGUGUCCCCUACACCUAUGGAUUCGAUCCUCUGAUUGGAUGCGAAGAAUGUAAUUGCAAUCCUUUGGGUGUUUCGAAUGGUCAACUGCAGUGUGAUCUUCAAACGGGUCAGUGUAGAUGCCGGUCUAACAUUGUCGGCAGAACUUGCGACAAGUGUAAAGCUGGGUAUUGGGCCUUCCCUCAUUGUCAGUUAUGCAACUGCGAUUUGAGAGGCAGCACCGAAGACAUUUGCGAGCAAGACUCUGCUAGAUGCUACUGCAAGGAAAAUGUUUAUGGAGAUUCGUGCGACCAGUGCAAGCCUGGAACAUUCUACUUGGAAGAAGUGAAUCCUCUGGGAUGCACCAAAUGCUUCUGCUUCGGAACGACUGAUCGAUGCUCGAGCGGAUACUUUUUCAAAACACAGAUCUAUGAGAUGUCGAACUGGAACCAAGCGCUCAUCAAUGUAGAUAGUGAACUCUCUGAAGUGGACGACAACGGAACUAUGUAUUUACAAAUCACAGACAAUGGUCUUGAAGCUUCCCUUCCAGAUGUUUGGCCUGAAAAUGUCCUCUUUUAUUUCUCAGCACCUUCUCGCUAUUUAGGGAAUAAGCUCACUUCUUAUGGUGGAAAUUUAUCCUACAUCAUGUACACUAAAUUAGCUAAUGACAACGAACCAUUCGAAAGUUUGAUAGGACCUGAUCUCAUUUUGAGGGGGAACAACAUUACCAUCGUGCACAACCACGUUGAACAACCGGCAAGUGGUUUUCUGUUCAGAGUGAAUAUUAAUUUAAUAGAGCAUGAGUUCCGCCACAUUGGGGGCCGAGAAGUUACUCGAGAGCAGAUGAUGAUGGUGCUGGUGAACUUGGAACGUCUUUUAGUUCGAGGAUCUUACUUCCAUCCAGUUCUUGAAAUAAGCUUGACAGGAGUAUUGAUGGAUACUGCCACUGAAGAGUACGUCGCCGAUGCACCUCAAGCACUGCGCGUGGAACAGUGUCAGUGUCCACCUAGCUACAUGGGAAGCUCAUGCGAGGAAUGUGCUCCUGGAUAUUAUCGUUCCAAAACCGGGCCUUACUUGUCUUAUUGUGUUCCGUGCCAGUGCUACGGCCAUGCCCAAACAUGUGACGUCAACACCGGAAAAUGUAUUAACUGUCAACAUAACACCGAAGGCGACCACUGCGAGAGAUGUUCUGCCGGGUACCACGGCGAUUCGACUCAGGGCACACCAUAUGAUUGUCUGAUCUGCGCAUGCCCCCUUCCCAUCGAAAGUAACAACUUUGCUGAAAGUUGCGAAGUGACCAGAAAUAUUCCAGAGGUGCCGUAUGUAAUUCCUUGACUGGACAGUGUCAGUGCUUGCCGGGCGUAGUCGGUGACAAGUGCGACAGCUGUCCCUACAGAUGGGUUUUUGUCAAAAAAGAAGGAUGUUACGAAUGCGAUGUAUGCGUCCAUGGCCUAUUAGAUACCACAGACGAACUUCACAACAUGAUCGAACCUGUUAUGGUAGAACUGAAAGACGCUUCUUUAAGCUAUUUCGCAAACAGAAGAUUGCAAAAUGUUAACAAGACUGCAGAUACUCUUCGAUUUGGUGUUGAUGGAUUAAUUGCUGAUCCUGGAGACUUAGACUACAGUCCUUUGGUAUUUGAAGUUCAAACACUGGAAAAGAAAACAGAUCAACUAUCUCGCAAUGCUACGCAUCUUCUAAGUCAAGCUGAAACUGUUAGCACAGAUGCUGAUACUACAAGAACAGAGGCAUUGGAAGUCGAAAAUUUAAUCCAGACAACCAUUGGAAAGGUUCAAGGAAUCGUCGAAGAGUUGAGCAAACUGUCAGAAGGACUUCAAGGAUCUUUGUCGAACAAUCUAGAUGAUCUUCUUGCUCAAGCCGAAUACAUAUUGAGUGAACUUACGGAAAGGAACUUUGAUGUUCCACGAAAUGCGACCACCGAAGAGUAUGAAGCAGCAGAAGAAUUACUAGAGCACGUGAAAUCGUUUGAAGUUCCGGUGCUCGAAACGAAACUAAAAGUUGAAGAAGAAAGCAAAAAAGUGAACCGAUUGAUCAUAUUGCUUGACGAACUGAAUAACAACAGUCAGAAAGCGUACGGAAUAGCAGAUGACGCUAAGGCAUUAGAAGAAGAAAUUCAGAGAAUUCCUGUUAAGGCAAAAAUUGAAGAGAUCGAGAAGAAUAUUGAAGAGACGAAUAAGGUUUUGGAUAAUGCAACAAAAUUACUGGAUGAAGUAAAAGAUUUUAUUGCCAGUGCCGAAAAAGCUUACAAGCGUCUGGGAGAAAAUGGAGACCGUUUGUUACUGUCCAUUCGCAAUUUGAAGGAUGAAAUAGAGGAUAUCAAGGAAAAUAUAAAAGAAAUCGAGCCAGUCAUUGAAGAGGCCCAGGAACAUUCAGCAUUUUUGAUGGAACAAGCUGCACUCUUGGAAAAAUCGUUAGCUGAUACACGAAACAGCUCUGACGCUGCAGUGCAAGCAGCUAAAGCUUAUGGCAACAUCGAAGAAGCCAUCAACGAUGCUUAUGAUGCAGCGCAAGCAGCAUUAAUUGCUUCCGAACAAGCUACAACAAUGUCAGAUGGUGUACUGGACAGGACAAGUGGCUCCAAAGAAAGCACAAGAGAGCUCUUGGAUACAGCUUUUAAAUUAGAAGAAGACGUAAGAGAAUUAAAACCUCGUCUCAACGCUGCCAAAGAUGGAGUGCUGCUCGUUGCUCAGCAGAAUGGAAAAACUAGUCGAGGACUGGAUAUCAUCAAGAAAGAACUAGAGAAACUUCCCAUACAUUCGUUGGAGGUUCUUGCUGGCCACGCAGCCAACGGAUCAGCAAUAGCAACAGAUGUUGCUGAAAAGGCACGAAGACGAAUAGAAACUAUUGUUGAUAAGCUACCUGAAGAUGAGUCACAAGCAAAAGACCUUCCCAAAGAAAUAGAAGAUGCUAAACAAGGCAUAAAAGCUGGCCAUAGUUACAUCGAUAGGCUUUCUAACAUUGUGCCCGACACUAACAAUCUUAUGGACCGAGCAGUCAAGAAAGAGUCCAGAAUGAGAAUAAUUGGAAAAGAUGUUUCAGAUAAGCUAGCUGAGUUGCAGAAAAAAGUAGCAGUAGCAAGAACUCAAGCCAAUAGGAUUAAACUGGGCGUGAAUUUCGGUGGAGACACCGUUCUUCAGCUUCGCAACCCAGAAGGAAUGCAGAAGGCUGCCACAUAUACCCAUAUGUCGCUCUACUUCAACACAACCGAACGCUUUGGUCUUCUGGCAUUUGUUGGGAACGAAAAAGGAACUCAUAAUCAAAUGAAGCGGGUGCUUACGGAUGAUUACUUAGCCCUGGAGAUUCGAGGAGGACAUCUUGUUCUGGUCAUGGAUCUAGGAUCAGGGUCGCAGGACAUCAAGCAUGACACCUACGUUUCAGAUGGAAAAUGGCAUCAGGCCAUUGUCGAAAGAACAGGAAAGACUUGCACUUUGACUGUAAGAUCUCAAGAUGAACCAGAUGCUGUAGUAGAAGGAUAUCUUCCAGGAACUUACAGUGUUUUCAACUUAGACCAGAAGCUCUCAAAAUUCUUCAUCGGAGGAAUUUCAGACAGACUCUCUUUACCACAAACUAUAGAGAACUACAACUUUGAUGGAUGCAUCGAGGAAGUUGAAUUUGGUGGCACGCCCGUCGGCUUGUGGGACUUCGUGUACGCCGAAAACAACAACAAAGGUUGCGCAGAAAGACAAGAACUCGCUGUCUUAGUGCCAUCGAACGGAUUAAAAUUCAGUGGCUCCGGUUACGUCAUCUUACCCCGGCACAGGCAUCAGUUCGGCAAAGAAACGCACAUAAAAAUGCUCUUUAAGACGUACGCCGAAGAAGGACUGUUGUUCUUAAUUGGAAAGAAUAAAGAAUUCUUGGCUCUAGAACUAGAGGAGGGUUACGUAAUACUGAAGUUUAAUUUGGGAAGUGGCACAGCAGUUCUCAGGUCUCAAGAAACAUUCAACGAUGGCAAAUGGCAUUCCUUGGAAGCUACCCGUGUCGAAAAUGAAGGCAUUCUCAAGGUUGAUCAAGUGGAAGUCGAUAACAGCAACUCUCCAGGUUCAGAAGCUACCCUUUCCUUCACAAAUGAAAUAUAUGUUGGUGGAAAUCCUGGAAAACAUAAGUUUGCAGAAGUGUCUAGCGUUGGAUUCGAAGGUUGCAUCAAGGACAUGCAAAUCAGCGCCGAAGUGAUAGAUCUAAAUAAAAAUAAAGAAGCUUUAGGAGUCGUCAAUGGAUGUCCCGAAACGAUUGCACGCACCGUUUCCUUCAGUAAUACAUCGACUGGUUACAUAGCAAUGCCUGCUACCAAUUUAGAGAAAGUCGCGCAACUGACAUUCAAAUUCAAGACGGCAGUUGAAGACGGCGUGAUAUUCUAUGCGGCGAACGAAGACCAGAGCAGUCACUUAUAUAUUGGACUGCACAAGGGCACCAUAGUGAUGAGCAGCAGUCCUGGAGGAGAGAUCAGGUCCAGUCCAGAAGUCAAGUACAACGAUUUAGAAUGGCAUUAUGUUUCUGCUACAAAGACAGUUCGCCAAAUGAGACUUGACAUUGACGACAUCAAAUCAGUUGAAAUUGAACUACAGGAAGAUGCCAAUGUUCAAACAUCAACACCCAUGUACUUUGGUGGUGUUCCUGAUGGAUAUACCAUCGAAGCAGACACUUUACCAUCCUAUCCGCCAUUCGUUGGCUGCAUAGGCGACACAACUGUAAACAAUAGAUUCCAAAACUUUGCUGACACACAGGAUAAAAAAGCUGCUUCACUUGCUAGUUGUCCAUUAGCUGAUCCUUAUGAGGAAGGUCCUACGUUGGUGACGGAAGAACCUACAGAUGAAAGUUUCGAACCAGAAAUAAUAUCAACAGAGCCUACAGUAGAAGAAGACACAUCUCCCUAUCCGGAAGGGCCAGAACCAACACCAAUUGGGCAAUGCGCUCUUCCACUGCAGCCAAGAACUGACUCCAGCGUCAAGCCAGGGGAUGGAAUCCGCUUCGGCAAUGCCCCCAACAGCAGACAAGAAUUCUCGAAGUCCAACUCUUUCAUGGCCAGCAUCUUUGAUGAAAGCACUUUCGCUCUGGAGUUCAGAACGACUUUGCAAAAUGGCGUCAUGUUCUAUGUAGCUGCCUCCAAUCAUAUAGAUUUCAUCGGACUGCUCAUGCAAAAUGGAAAAAUAAUAUAUGGAUUCAACUGCGGCUCUGGCAGUGCUGUCAUAACCUCCCAAAAUCAGUACAACGACGGGACGUGGCACCGCGUCGUCUUUUCCAGGAGGGGGCAAGAUGGCCGCCUGGUCAUCGACGACGAAGAAGUUUUCGGUAACUCUGUUGGAGCAGCAAGUUCUGUCAAUCUGAAGUCUCCUUUCUUCAUCGGUGGAGUGUCAGAAGAAGUAGCCAGAGAAGCAAAGAACAAUCUUAAAGGCGCUCAUUCCUCCUUCCCUGGAUGCAUCCGCAACGUGGAGGCUCAAGGAGAGCUCUUGACCGCCAAGAAGCCGAGUCUCACUCGAAACAUCACUGGCUGUUCUGACAAAGUAGAAGAGGGUACCUUCUUUUCAUCGGAAGGUGGAUACCUUGUCCUCUAUGACAGGUAUCGUGUCGGUCAGCGUGUCACCAUCACCGUCGACAUCAAGCCUCGCAACUUGUCUGGCAUCAUCAUGGCCGUGCACGGAAGAACGGAUUACCUCAUUCUGCAGAUGAUCGAUGGAAGAGUGCUGUUCAGUGUGGACAACGGUGCUGGAGCCAUCAGAGCCAACUAUUUGCCCACCGACAAGCAUUACCUCUGCGAUGGACAGUGGCAUACCAUUCAAGUGGUGAAAUCCAACAACGUGGUGACAGUAAGUUUAGACGGAUUGUUCUCGGAGCCGGGCAUUGGAAUAGGAGGAGUUUCGUCAACAGAUACCAACGACCCAUUGUACAUCGGCGGAUUGCCUGAAUCCUCCUUCUCCAAAAGAGGUGUAGAAACAACGGCUCAAUUCGUAGGAUGUAUGCGCUACGUUGAGUUGGAUUCAAAGCCGCAAUCGUUAGCUAAUUCAAGGGUAUUUGGCAAAGUGACAUUGAAUACUUGCCCAACUAUAUAGAAAAGUUUAAAACAUAAUAAAGUGCU